UGGUGACGGUGACAGAAUCCAAUUAAUUGACUCCCCAUUCACUUAUUCACGUAUCCAUCCGUUAUGGACUCCGAGCCCUUGGACGUGCUCAUUGUCGGCGCGGGCAUCUCCGGCAUCAACGCGGCGUACCGGGUGCAGAAGCAAUUCCCCCACUACCGGUAUGCCAUCAUCGAGGCCCGCGAGUCAUUGGGCGGCACUUGGGAUCUCUUCAAGUAUCCGGGCAUCCGCUCCGACUCGGACCUGUUCACCUUCGGCUUCGAGUGGUAUCCUUGGGACCGCGAGAACCCCAUCGCCGAGGGCCCAUCCAUCGUGCAGUAUCUCCACCGCGCCACCGCCAAGUAUGGCAUCGACAAGCACAUCCGCUACCAGCAUCGCCUGCUGGGGGCCGACUGGUCCUCGUCCGACCAGCUCUGGUCGCUGUCCGUCGACCACGACGGCCAGUCGCGCCCUCUGUCCGCGCGCUUCGUCGUCUUCGGCACCGGCUACUAUGACUACCACCAGCCCAUGCAGGCCGACAUCCCCAACCUGGAGCGCUUCGGCGGCGAGGUGAUCCAUCCGCAAUUCUGGCCCGAGGACCUGGACUACGGCGACAAGAAUAUCGUGCUGAUUGGGAGCGGUGCCACGGCCAUCACCUUGCUCCCCAAGCUGGCCGAAAAGGCCGCACGGGUGACCAUGCUACAGCGCAGUCCGACCUACAUCCUGUCGCUGCCGAACCGCAACCGCUCCUGGCUGAGCUGGAUCCUGCCCACCGCCGCCUUCCGACGCGUGCAGCGCAUGAGUUGGUUCAUCACCUCGCAUCUCUUCUUCCUCUUCUGCCAGGCUUUCCCGGGCGCCGCGCGCCUGCUCCUCCGCCUCUCCGUCUCCCGGCAGCUGCCCGCCUCCCUGCCCUUCGCGCCGCACUUCAAGCCGCGCUACGGUCCAUGGGACCAGCGCCUGUGCGUCUGCCCGGACGGCGACUUCUUCCGCGCGCUGCACACCGGCCACGCGGACAUCAAGACAGACACCAUCCGGAACGUCACAGAGACGGGGAUUGAGCUCACCUCGGGCGAAACCCUGCCCGCAGACCUAAUCGUCACCGCCACGGGCCUCCGGCUCCAGAUCGCGGGCGGGGCCUCGAUCACCGUGGACGGCAUCCCGAUGCAUCUGCCCGACAAGUUCCUGUGGCACAGCAUGAUGGUGCAGGAUCUGCCCAACGCGGCAUUCGUGAUCGGGUACACGAACGCCUCGUGGACGUUGGGAGCAGACGCGACGGCACUGUUCCUGUGCCGACUGAUGCAGGAGAUGGAGAACCGUGGAAGCACGGCGGUGAUACCGCGAGUCGACCGGGCAGACGUCGGCAAGUUACAGCCGCGGCGGUUGCUGAAUCUUAAUUCCACGUAUGUAACGAAGGCGGAGGGGGCGUUGCCCAAGGCUGCGGAUCGGGGCCCGUGGGUGCCUCGCGGCAAUUAUCUCCAGGAUGUCUGGUUCGCGCAGCAUGGCCCCAUGACCGACCUGCAGUGGGAGGGCGCGAAGAAGGAGCAGUAGUGUUCGCCCAUGAUUAUUAUUUUGGAUGUGUAAUUGAUGAUUGAUGCCGUAUAUAC